CAAAAAAGGAAAAGCAUGAUAUUGAAGCAAUAUAUCACAGUAAUAGAUUAGACAAUCACAAAGGUAAAUCAGAGCAUCUCAGCAAAAGCUUCGCGCUAUCUUCUGAGUAAAACUGACCUUUGAUCAGCUUUUGUGAAAUUUCAUUAUAUUAUUUAUUGUUAUUGCCAUCUUACACAGCUAAAAAAUAUAAUUUUGAAAAUAUGAAUCGCAUAGCAAACUGUGUAUUUUGUCAAAUAUGCGAAGGAACUGCUCCAAGUAACACCAUAUUUAAAAAUGAAAAUUUUAUAGUAUUUGCCUGCCGAACACAAGCAACUAAACAUCACUAUUUAGUUUGUCCAAUUCAGCAUAUAAAUGAUGCAAAGUCACUAGUACCUGGCCAAGAAACUCUUGUCGAAGAAAUGUACAAAAUAGCAAAGCAAAUAGUUAUCGACAAGGGGGAAAAUCUGAAUGAAGCAAGAUUUGGUUUUCAUUGGCCACCCUUCCAUAGCAUAUCACAUUUGCAUUUACAUAUUUUGGCUCCUGUUGAUGGUUUAAGAUUUUUUCAUAGGCUUAUUUACAAACCGAACAGCAUGUGGUUUGUGUCACCAGAAUAUGUGAUAACAUGGCUGAAAACUCAUAGGGCAAUUGGAAAUGAAGAAACUUCAUCCAACUAAGAAAGCAAUAAUGUGAUACACAAAAAUAUUUUGUGGUAAACAGAAUAAUGUUUUUAUUAAUCCAAAAUGUAAGUUUAGCAGUAUUGUAUAUAUUCUGCUAUACAUAUAAAUAUUUUUUGCUAUUAGGUUUAAAAAUAGAAAUGUUUCACUAUUAAUUAGAAUUAGGAAUUCAUUUUUUGCAAUUUGACUAAAAUCAACAAAAUUGUCACAAAUUAUGAAAAUAAAUAAAGUUAGCUUAU